ACUUGUCCGAAAUGGUGUAGGGUUUCCUGCCCAAGCAGGGGGUUGAACUAGAUGACCUCCAAGGUCCCUUCCAACUUUACUACUAUUACUAUUACUAAUCUAAAUUUGACUCAAUCCAAACUAAAUCUCAUAAAUGCACUACUGCUGGUAUGACUAUUCUGCAUGUAUUUAAUUACUUCCUGUCUUAAACUGCAUUAACAUUUACAAUUCGGCAGCAAGUUUUGGAUGGUCGUGAAGUAUGCAGAGAAUAAUCCUCCCAACUCUAUUUUGUCUGCUUAUUAUCACUGGCAUCGCCUUUUCGCCACAGUUGGUGGUCUAAAUGCUGGAACUUUCUCUGCAGCCACAUAGAGGGACCAGUAAGCAGUUCCAUCUGGAUUUAGCUCAUUCACCUUGAGCAAAAUGUUGGGCCUUUUUUGAGGUCAUUCCUAACCAGCCCUCUUUGGAAUGCAAGUAAAGCUUUCUGAUAGGAGGAAGGCUGAUAAAAAGCCUCUUUGUGUACUUGAUAAGAGGGAAAAGAUUAGCCUUCCCAAACUCCAUUUUCAGCUACAGCCAAUUUUGCAGUCCAUCCAAAGGAACAAGCGGCUUCAUCCAUAAUAGUGACAUAAUUAUUCUAUUAUUCUAUUCUGUUUUUACAAAGCCGCUGAAAGGAGGCUAAAGGAGGAAUGAUCGCAUUCAGUCCACUUAGAACGUCAAUGACUCGGAGAAGCUUCGCAUUCAGGAGUUUAAGAGUCCAAGCCAAUAUCCUGUCUUGUAUCACACUUCCUCUCAUACUGAGCCCAACUAUGGCUGGAGAUUCAAGAAUCUUCAUGAAUCAAGAUAUGGAGAUUGGUGUCACCCCCAGAGAACAAAAGAAGAUUCCCAAACAAGCCCGGGAUGAUGUCCCCAUUGCCACAGACCGAACACGUCUUUUGGUCGCUGAAAACAAGAAACCCCGCCAGAGAUACAUGGAAAAAUCGGGCAAGUGCAACGUUCAUCAUGGAAACGUCCACGAAACCUACCGAUAUCUCAGUGAUCUUUUCACCACUUUGGUGGAUCUCAAGUGGCGCUAUAACCUGCUUGUGUUUACCCUGGUUUACACCAUCACUUGGUUGUUUUUUGGUUUCAUUUGGUGGCUCAUUGCCUAUAUCCGGGGAGAUUUGGACCAUGCGGAAGAUGAAGAUUGGAUCCCUUGUGUGGACAACGUCAGUGGGUUUGUCUCCGCCUUUCUGUUUUCCAUUGAGACCGAGACCACCAUUGGUUAUGGCCAUAGGGUGAUCACGGAAAAAUGUCCUGAGGGCAUCAUACUGCUUUUGGUCCAAGCCAUCCUGGGCUCCAUAGUCAAUGCUUUCAUGGUGGGAUGCAUGUUUGUGAAGAUCAGCCAACCAAAGAAGAGGGCAGAGACCCUCAUGUUCUCUAACAACGCUGUGAUUUCAAUGCGGGAUGAGAAAUUGUGUUUCAUGUUCCGGGUUGGAGAUCUAAGGAAUUCCCACAUUGUAGAGGCAUCUAUUCGAGUCAAGCUGAUUAAAUCCAAACAGACCAAAGAAGGGGAAUUCAUCCCCUUGAACCAAACGGAUAUCAACGUGGGAUUUGACACAGGGGAUGACAGGCUGUUUCUGGUAUCCCCACUCAUCAUUUCACAUGAAAUCAAUGAGAAGAGCCCCUUCUGGAAGAUGUCACGUACCCAGCUGGAGAAGGAAGAGUUUGAAAUUAUUGUCAUUUUAGAAGGAAUGGUGGAAGCAACAGGGAUGACUUGCCAGGCUCGGAGCUCCUACAUGGACACCGAAGUGCUUUGGGGGCACCGUUUCACCCCUGUCCUUACCCUAGAGAAGGACUUUUAUGAGGUUGACUACAACAGUUUCCAUAGUACGUAUGAAACCAAUACACCUUCUUGCUGUGCCAAAGAACUGGCUGAGAGUUUCAACGAAGGACGGCUUCUCAGCCACCUAUCAACCACGAACCUCCUGAAUGGAGUGGAAACCGAAGAAGCAGAAGAGGAGAAAGAACAGCGGGAAGAGAUGGAGAAAGAAGACAACAGAAACGAGGGCCUAGAGGCAAUUGAACUGAACGGAAACAAUGGAACAGCAGGAGAGAUGAAGGAGGGCCUGUUUUUAAAACAUUAAGACUUGAGAAUGAUAGGAAAUUCAGAUUCCCUUGCCUCAGAGGAGGCAGAAGAAGAAAUGGGACCACCUAAUUCUAGAAGAUGAUGUUCUCACUCGCAUGGAUAUUAUUGGACUGAGCUGUACCCUUCCAUAUAAUUUGAGUUUCUCCAACUCCAUUCUGGAGAUUAAUAUAGGGAUUUUACUCACUGUUUUGAGGACACGUGAAAACUAACCAGCUUAAGGAAAUAUAAUGGCAGUGUAGAUGAUCACAUAUCUUGAAGCUCGUUGGUUUUUCUGUUUCUUGCAACGUGCAUCUUUUGCACAUUUUGAAAGGAAGAAAGGAAAUUUGAUGAAACAAAUGUAGCUAUGGGUUUCCCCCCCCCCUUAAUUUAUUGGAAAUGCUAACUGAUGAAUAAAAAGAGGGAAAGGAUAAUGGGGUCAGGAACAGGCCUUGUGUAUUUGGCCAAAUGUCUGUUGUAACUUCUGUGUGAUGGGAUAUAGAUGUGAAUCAUUUAUCUUUGAGGGUUCUGUCUACUGUGAAUUCAGCUAAAAUACGAACGAAUAUCAUUUAGUGCAGGAAAGGAACUCAUUUUCUGAUCUGAAGUAUUAGGGGUUUGGUUUUUGUGAGAGUGAAACAAGGAGUAUUCAUAUAGUAGCUUCAAAUGAAUAAGGAACUCAGUGGCUAACUGGCUUUUGGAUUGUCUAAAGCAGCGGUUCUCAACCUGUGGGUCGGGACCCCAUUUGGGGUCGAACGACCAUUUCACAGGGGUCGCCAAACAAGGCUGUCCGCCAUUUUCCCCCUUUUCUUUGGCCACGCCCCUGGC